GGAAGUAAACCAAAACAAGGAAGUACCCUGUAUGUUUAUAUCAUUUCCGUUUUUUAUCAGCUGUCAAAAAAAUUGAGUUUCAACUUUCAAGAAUUUAUUGGAAAAACCAGCAAUGGGUGAACGGAGCGGUGCCCAGGACGUGACACGCUGCAGUUUGUGCGAGAAGUCAGCGAUAGACAUGUACUGUGAUGUCUGCCAUGUCAGCCUUUGCAAGCCCUGCACCGCAGAGCACAUUUCUGAUGAAUAUGACAAACAUAAAGUGGUUCCAUUCGAACAAAGAAAUUCAAACUUGAUUUAUCCAAAAUGUGCAACACACCAGUCUAAAACUUGUGAAUUUCAAUGCAAGGAAUGCGACAUAUUUGUUUGCUCUUUGUGCAUGGCAUCUGAAAUACACAGGGGUCAUAAAUUUUCUAUUUUGACAGAAAUCUACAACUUAAAGAAAAAAGCCAUCAAAAGAGAUACAGAAGAAUUGAAAAGGAUAGUUUCUCCAAAGUAUGAAGAAAUUGUCACUGACAUCGAAACGGAGAUGACAAGACUGGACGAGGAAUACGCAAAACUUGCGGAAGAUGUGACGAAACAUGGAGAAGUUUGGCAUCGAGAAAUUGACAUGAUUUUGAACAAAAUAAAAAAUGAAAUCGAUGUCAUGAAACAUCAACAUUUGGCUAUUUUGCAGAAACAUUUGGAGGAAACCAAAGCGAUUCAUUCUCUCAUUGAACAAACCAUAACAUCAGUGGAAGAAACGGGGGAAUCGAAUGAAAUGUCAGUGACAGUGUCAUACAAGUCCAAAAAUAAAGUUUUUCGGAAAUUUCCCCCUAAAGUUCAAGUGUCACUUCCAACAUUCAUUCCAAUAACAAUGGGCAACGAACAGUCUUCCAAGCUUUUUGGAACUUUAAUACCACUAGCUACAACAACCAUAGAAAAUGGCUAUAAACACUCCAUCAAAAUUAUACCCCGAGAUCUUUUGGAUAAGCCAGAGUUAAUUACCACCAUCAACACCGAGUAUGAAUACCUUUGCUGUGUGACAUGUUUCAAUGAUGAAGAAAUCUGGACAAGUGGAGUUGUAAGCGAUAUUACAUGCUUUGACAGUCAUGGUUCACUCAUAAAGACUGUGAAAACGAAGUCCGGGGGAUGGUUGUACGAUAUAGCGGUUACAGACGAGGGAGAUCUAGUGUAUACGGAUUGUAACACAGCAACUGUGAAUAAAGUACGGGAUGGCCAAACGGAGGAGAUAAUCAGCCUUCAGGGAUGGGAGCCCAGAAAUCUCUGCGUUGCUUCCUCCGGCGACCUCCUGGUCAUCAUGUUUCGUGACGAUAAAACAGAAACCAAAGUCGUGCGAUAUUCAGGCUCCACAGAGAAACAGACAAUUCAGUUUGACGAGGAGGGAAUCCCGCUAUACCCAGGCAACAGUAACAUAGAAUACAUCACUGAGAACAGGAACCUGGAUAUCUGUGUAGCUAACUAUACAGCUGGUGACGUAGUGGUGGUCAAUGAGGCUGGAAAACUCCGAUUUAGAUACACAGGUCAACAAUCCACGGAUAACGACAAAGCAUUUCAACCGCAUGGCAUCACCACGGACAGUCAAUGUCAGAUCCUGAUUGCGGAUUACAACAACAACCGUAUCCACAUCCUAGACCAGAACGGACAGUUUAUCCGAUAUAUAUAGAUAGCUGUGGUCUAACUACACCUUACGGACUGUGUGUCGACAUAGACGACAAUUUGUUUGUGGCUGAAUUUUCAAAUGGGACAAUUAAGAAAAUUAAGUAUCUGGAAUAGGCGCCACAGAUUAGGUGUAAUUUUUUGUAUGUUGUUAAAAUAUGUAUUGUUUCAAAAAUAUUAUUUGACUUUUGAGCUCAAAAUUAAGUAGAAGUCCUCUUCAAGAUGAGAAUUAUGAUAUAACACUCAUGUGCUUAGAGAUUUCAUCUGGAAUCAAAGGUUUUUUUGUCAGACAGAAUGACAAACAGAUAAUGAGACGGACAGACAGACCCAAGUUAACCUUUUCUUUCAAACCAGAUAUUUCUGUCAAGACUAUAGCUGUACUAAUUUGUAC